AAGCGUGGGGAGUGGACGUACGCUGCAACUGUGUGUCCGCGCGCUGUGGUAUUUACUUGCCUAAAAUCUUCUGUUUAUGUUAGUUAGUCUCUCAUUGGUUUGAUUGUGAUAGCCAAGUGUUAAAGUGAAGCAAAGCAGUCUGUGUCAAUGGCUGUUGAUGUUGUAUCUGAUUGAUAAGACCGGUGUCGGAUUUUUUCUUACAAGAAGUUUAGUAUCGCGUACGAACUUAGUAAGAACAUCUGGUGAAGAGAGAGAUUUUUAUAAUUUUAUUAAGCAUUUGGCAUGAACGAGACAUUUCUUCAGCUUUAACAAUGGAUUAUGAAAUGCGGUGUAGUGGUGGUGCGUGGUGUUGAUGGGCGGGCGUGGGCGGGAGCAGCGCCCCCCGCGGCAGCAUGUGUGAGUGUGGCUCCACAGACGACGCCCCCGGCCCGGCCCGCAGGCCCGCGCGGGUGGACCAGCAGGCGGGCCACUCCGCGGGCCACCCACACCGCCGGAGAGGAGGGAUGGGGACCUGUUGUGGGCGUGAAGUGAGGGGAGUGGGCGUGAGUGUUCUAGUCUUACUGGUGUUACUGUGUGUGGGGUGUGUGGCGGCGGGGCACCGGACACACCGGGCCAGCGGUGCCACCGACACCCAUCACCACACCAGCAGUAUAGUGGCGCAAUUCUGGACGGCCAACCAAAGUUUGCAGCUGCAGCACAUGGUGUACAACAGAGACGCGGGCGUCCUGUAUGUAGGAGGAACCAACAGGCUCUGGGCGUUAGAAAUCAACAAACUGAACUUGGAGGCGCGAGUGGAAACGGGGCCCAGGUUCGAUUCCCCUGGGUGCCAUGCAUCAGGUUGUGGGGUAGAGAACCGCGUGAAGCAGGUCCUCACAGACAACAUCAACAAAGUGCUGGUACUCGACCCAGACGCAUCAACGCUAAUCAUGUGUGGCUCCGUGUCUCAAGGAGCGUGUGAAAAGUUCCGUACUGCCAACCUGUCCCUCACACCGGAGUUCAUUCCUCGCUCUGUGGCUGCCAACGACCCUGACUCCUCAACUUUCGCCUUCGUGGGCCCUGAGCACUACAACGCGUGGGGCGGGUCCUCGGCACUGUACGUGGGCACCACCUUCACUACUGUCGGGGAUUAUCGCCAUGACGUCCCCGCCGUAUCCACCAGGAACCUCUAUGACCUGGACUACGCCGAAUUUUCCUUCUCAAAACAAUCUCUACUUCGUAUAGACGUCAAAUACCGUGACCACUUCUUAGUGCAGUACGUGUACGGCUUCAACGCGAGUGACUAUGCCUACUUCGUGACGAUGCAGAAGAGAUCUCACUUACCAGGACAGGAGGAGUCUGGCUACAUCUCGCGUCUGGCUCGCACCUGUAUUACGGACGCCAACUAUGACUCGUACACAGAGAUCACACUCGAGUGUCAAGGAGAGGAAGGCACCAACUACAACCUGGUGCAGGACGCCAAGCUGGUCAGUGCUGGCAGUGAUCUGGCCACCACCAUGGGUGUGGGCGUGGGAGACCCGAUAUUGAUAGCCACGUUCGCGCCCUCACAAGGACACACAUCAAAGUCUGAGACCGCUUCUGCCGUGUGUGUGUACUCUGUGCAUGACAUUGCUGCCAAGUUUAACGAAAACAUUCACAUGUGCUUCAACGGGUCCAUGUUGUACCGCAGUAUGGAGUACAUCUCUGGCCCCAUCCUCAACGGCAAGUGUCCUGCUGCUGGGACGAUGGGCAACAUUUACAACUUCUGCGAGGUGGGUCUCAAGAUCUCUGGGGUGUCUCCACUACACGCCCGGGCCGCCCUCCUCUACCGCAACACCAGCCUCAGUUCCCUUCAGGCUGCCACCACCGCCCACCACACCGUCCUCUUCAUGGGCACCACCACGGGCACCCUCAAGAAGGCGCUGUUGGCGGGGCCCGAGGACGCUGCUGAGUAUGGAGAAGACACCAUCGAUGCCGGCAAACGUAUCCUUCCUGACAUGAUGCUGGACGCUGCCGGAGGUCACAUCUUCGUCCUCACCACCACAAGGGUGACGAAGUACCAGGUGGAGAGCUGCGCCUCCUACACCAACUGUUCCUCCUGCCUGGGGGCGCGGGACCCCUACUGCGGCUGGUGCUCCCUGGAGAAAAGGUGCACGGUACAGUCGGCGUGCCAGAAGGCGACCUUUUCCUCCCCUCGCUGGCUCAGCUUCGGCUCCGGACAGCAGUGUAUCGACUUCGAGAUGAUCCUGCCUGACAGACUGCCCAUAGACAUGAUGACGGCCACGGUUCAGCUGACGAUCCGGACGUUGCCAGAGUUACCUGCGGGGGCCAAGUACCAGUGUGUGUGGGGGUCUGCGCCCCCUGCAGACGCCCUGGUGACUGCUUCAGGGCUCACCUGCAUCACGCCCGCACGCCCAUACCGCCCAGCCAUCCCCAUCCACCACGACCACGUCCUGGUGCCGCUGGCCGUCCGCUCCAGCGAGACCAACAAGGACUUUGUCUCCCGCAACUUUGCCUUCUACGACUGCGGCCGUCACAACACCUGCGGCAGCUGCGUGCGGAGCAACUGGGCGUGCAACUGGUGCGUGUACGAGAACACCUGCACGCACAACACCACCUCCUGCAGCGUCAACGUCGUGUCCGGGGAAAACGUAAGCAUCCUGCAGCUGCUGAGAGAGAACCCAGCCCAACUAGCGUCGCAUGGAUCCGGGUUCUGCCCGAGGUUCUGGACGGACCAGUCACAGUUACUGGCAGCGGACGGGGCUCGUUCAGAACUGCAGCUGCUAGUGGAGAACCUGCCGCGGCCGCGUGUGGGUCAGCUGGGCUUCCAGUGUGUGGUGAGCAUCGAGGGCGCCACCAUGCUGGUAGGGGCCAGGGUGAUGGGCGCCGCAGAGGAAGAUGGUACCAGCCUCGCCGCCACCGCUACUACCGUCAGCCAUCAACAGCAAAACCGACGCGCGCAGCGCGUGGUAUGUGAGCCCACCGUUUACCGCUACGAGUCUGCUGAGGGAGAGUACGAGGCGCGGGUGACGCUCGUGUGGAACCGAGACCAUGUUGUUGAUGCACGUCCUCUGGUACUAUACAAGUGUGGCGUGUUGGGCGCGCACCGCGGCCACCACGACUGUUCCCUCUGUGUCACGCGUCACCCGCGCUACCGCUGUACCUGGUGCAGUGCUGCCUGUAGGUACGCACCUCACUGCCCGGUUACCACCGGAGUCGCUGCAGCAUCGUCAUCGGCUGCCGUGCCACGACCCACCGGCCGUGAUCAGCUGGACGUCAUAGCCAACGACGCUCGUCUCAGCCAAUGUCCCACGCCCAGGAUAGAUGUGAUCCAGCCUCUGGCAGGCCCCCUGGAGGGCGGCACACUGGUCACCAUAGAGGGCAGCAAUCUGGGGCUGCGGGAGGAGGAUGUGCAGGAGAACGUGUUCAUCGGUGAUGUGCCAUGCCACGUGCACGACUAUCGCGUGUCUGUAAGGAUUACGUGCCGCACGAGCCCGGCGCCCAUGCGUCACGGAGAGCCCGGGUCAGCAGAUUUGCAGUUCCCUGUCCGGGUCUCCACGCCCGCCGGCACCACGAAAUCCACCGUCAAAUUCACUUACACGAACGUGACCGUGACGGGGGUGUGGCCGACUCACGGACCAGUGUCGGGAGGUACUGUGCUCUCCAUCAGCGGCCGCUUCCUCAACGUGGGCUCCCACGUGUCUGCUAAGCUCGACGACCUUCCUUGUGUCGUCAACAAGACUCAGUCAUCUUCCCACCGGCUUGUGUGCGUGACCUCACGGGCGUCUGCGUCAGAAGACGGUAGCAAAGAGGGUGAAAGCGUACCCAGGGUCGUGCGGACUCUUACGGUAACUGUAGAUGGUGCUCAUCGCACUCUCGCCUCGCCCUUCACGUACACGCCAGACCCAAGAAUCCUCGAACUCAAGCCACUUCGAAGUCCGUGGGGUGGCGGCCGUCUGGUCACAGUUCACGGGACUCACCUUGACGCUAUUCAGGCUCCGCGGAUCACUGUCAAUCUUUUUGAACGUGUCCUCAAUUCCUCCGCCUGCCGUGUCCUGAGCAUAGAUCAAAUGGAGUGUCCUUCCCCACCCUUGGACCGUGACGCCGUCCUAGCCAUCUUAGAGGCCCAUGACAGUGUCCGCCGUCGACGUCGAAGUCGCAACAGAAGAUCGCACAAGGCUCAAAGAUCUCCACGAAGACGAGACCAUGACGGAGACGAGGUGGCUGUGGACGUUGGCUUUGUGAUGGAUGACGUCGCCUCUGUACUUCACCUCCGGAAACAUUUCCCAGAUAUGCGGUCUCGCCUGACCUACAUGACGGACCCUCGCUACUAUCCUUUCCCGCACGGCGUCAAGCUGUACAAAGGCGACACACUGGUGGUUGAGGGUGAGCAUAUCAAUGACGCGGCGGAUGAGAGCGACGUUCGAGUGACCAUCGGUGGAUCAGUGUGCAAUGUAACUUCUCUGGCGGCGACACAGCUGGUGUGCACACCACCCGAGCUUCAACCAGAUCCCACAGACGAGAAAGGUGUGUCCACCCCUGAGCGGCUGCCGCUUGUAGUGGUGCACGUGGGGCAGUACCUCCGCUUUCCGCUGGGUGUGCUCCGCUACGAGCGACACCGACGUUUCCCCCUCACCCCAGAGGGCAUCGCCGGAUUAGCAGGUGGCGCGCUGUUCUUAGUGCUAGCGUCAUUUGUGGUGCUGGCCGUUUACCGUCGUAAGUCGUCGCAGGCAGAGCGAGUGUACAAGCUGAUGCAGCUGCAGAUGGAUAGCCUCGAGAGUCACGUCCGCACUGAAUGUAAACAGGCGUUCGCGGAGCUACAAACGGACAUGACAGACCUGACAGCUGAUCUGGAGUCUUCAGGCAUCCCCACCCUCGACCACCGCAGCUACGUGAUGAAAGUGUUCUUCCCUGGCGUCACCGACCACCCCAUCCUUAACGACCCCAAGGCUCGAGCACACGGCCCCCGCACCAACUACGACGUGGCUAUGUUGCAGUUCGAACAGCUCAUCGCCAACAAGCACUUCCUCCUCUCCUUCAUCGACACCCUCGAGUCUCAAAAGUCCUUCAGCAUCAGAGACAAGGUGAACGUGGCCUCGCUGGUGACGGUGCUGCAGAUGGGCCGCAUGGAGUACCUGACGGAGGUGAUGAGGUGUCUGAUGCUGCGGCUGGUAUCCAACGCCGCCGCCACCAAACACCCGCAGCUGAUGCUCCGCAGGACAGAGAGCGUGGUGGAGAAGAUGCUCACCAACUGGAUGGCUCUCUGCAUGUAUGGCUACCUCAGGGGGGACGCGGGGACGGCGCUCUUCCUGCUGUACAAGGCCAUCAAGCACCAGGUGGAGAAGGGACCCGUGGACGCCCUCACCCACGACGCCCGCUACUCCCUCUCUGAAGAACGACUCCUGAGGGAACAGGUGGACUUCAGCCCCGUGACCAUCCACCUGCUUCAUGAUGACCCCCACUAUGAAAAAAUUCCCUACCAGACCACCUACAGUACGCUGACGAUGUACGCUGAGGAGUACGAGGAGAAGGUGCAGGUGAAGGUGCUGGACUGUGACACCAUCAACCAGGUGAAGGCCAAGAUCCUGGACGCCCUCUACCGCAACACCCCACAGUCCCUCCGACCCUCCGUCCACGAGGUCGACCUAGUUUGGUUCAUCAUGGGUAAGGAGUGUGGUAUUGGUGUUGCAGAGUGGCGUCACGGGCGUGCAGGACGUGUGACGCUCAGUGACGAGGACAGAACGACGGUGACGGGCGUGGGCGGGUGGCGGGGCGUCAACACCCUGGCUCACUACGGCGUCCGGGACUCCGCCGUUAUGGCUCUCAUACCGCGCCAGAACGACUCCUUCUCCUCCAACUGUACAGGCUACUACUCGUAUGCCAACAGUGUCUCGCCUCUUAAUUCUCCAGGGGGUGAGGGUGGUGGCGACUGUGGCAGCAACACCGUGGGGCGUAGCAGCGGCCCAGGUGUUCAUCUCUACCACCUGGUGCGAACAGCCGAUGAUAACGCCUCAGGAACUAUGGGCUCCUCCAGGGACGGCAGAGAUCGCACUUAUGGCACGCACAAAGCCAUACCGGAAAUAUUCCUGACUCGACUGCUAUCCACCAAGGGCACCGUCCAGCAGUUCGUCGACGACUUCUUUAGGACCAUUCUGAGUGCCAAUGACGGUUUACCUCCCGCUGUCAAAUGGCUGUUUGACCUGCUAGACGACGCUGCCCGCGCCCAUGGCAUUACUGACCCCGAGGUCAUCCACGCCUGGAAAUCCAAUUGCCUUCCUCUGAGGUUCUGGGUCAACUUCAUCAAGAACCCGGACUUCAUUUUCGACAUCGGCAAGACUUCGACGGUGGACUCCUGUCUGUCUGUCAUCGCACAGACAUUCAUUGAUGCUUGCUCCACUACAGAGCAUAGACUGGGCAAGGACUCACCCUCCAAUAAACUUCUCUUUGCAAAAGACAUCCCAAAAUACAGAGCACAGGUAAAGAAUUUCUACAGUGACGUAGCGACAGCACAGCCCGUGAGCGAGCAGGAGCUUGGCCAGCACAUGCAGCAGCUUUCUGCCGCCCACACCGGCCAUUUUGAUAACUUGGCCGCACUCAAAGAGCUCUACAUUUACGUCACCAAGUACCAUGAGCUGAUCCUGGAGUCGCUGGAUGCUGACCCUUACUGUCGCAAGCUGAACCUGGCACACCGCCUGCAGUCCAUUGGCUACAUCCUGGAGUCCUACAGCCAUGCAGGACCCGUGGCGCCCAUGCCCCCCCUCCAGCUGGCAGGUCAACUGUCUGAGCUGUGAGUCCCUCGUCACCUACCUAGUUCCUGCAGUAUAUCGGCCGCCCAAACCAUCAAUCUUGACUAGUGAUGGUCUGCCACGAGGCCUGACGUGAUGACAUAGUUUCUGUGGAUAUUUAAGAAAUACUGGACCACUUCUGUUUGUUACAAGAACAGCUACUGAGACUCUCAUCAGUACAAGUGUUCUUCCAUAGUGCAAUAAUAACGUGUCCAGAUGAAGAACUGAUGUGUUUUAUAAAGUUUGCGUGCACACAUGCAAAUGUGAUUUGUAUUGGAUUUUAAUUAUUUCCAAGGAUAAUUUUGUUAUUCACAGGGACAGUAUGUCACUGAAAAAUGAAUUUUACGACGGUGAUUACUGUAUAUAAUUUACGAAAGUUGAUAUUGACACUGAUGAACUUUGCCCUCUGGCAAGCUGAAUGUGAUACUUCGGAUUUCAUAUUUAUGUGUUAGUCGCUGUGGUCUAGUGCUAGUGCCUAAGGAUACAAUGUUCCUUGUUUUACAUAAAGUGCUUAUAAAUCACUUCUCACGUGCAAAUCUGCCAUGCUUUACCCAUGUUGACGGGACACUGCUCCAGGGUGCACUACUUCCCCAGCAGAACUCUGCUGCUGCAUUAGAUGACUUUUGUACAUACACACUUAUCUUUUUUAUGCUCUAACAAGAUGGGGAGAAUAGUAAUGGAAAUUUGGAGUGGAUGACUGCCAUAUGGAUGUUUCAUAGUCCAGCUUAUAAUGUAUUUAACUACAUUUCAUAUAACAGUCAUACAUUUUUAUACUGCUUUUACAUUUUUGGAGUUACGGAAUCUCUUAUUGGAUCACCAAUGCCUCAUUGUUUUUAAUAAGCUUGGUGCUAUGUUACCUAGGAGGAAAACGCCCACUUUAUCAAGAUGACUAUGAAAAUGUUACCGAGUCUACUCGUGAAGGGCUUUGCCGAGACUAAUCGGAGAGUAAUAAGUUUCUCUCCCAUCUCCAUCCAAUGCAUCUUGUCCACUAGUCUCCUGUGUUUUUUUUUUUAUUAUUUUGUAAUUUAUCCAGUUAGACAUUUUGUAUAUAGACACCUAUUACCCUCUUAAGACGACUUCGGUCUUUCUCUCAUGUACGUAUAUUGAUUUUUUAUUAGGACGUAUGUUUAUAAUUUUAUAUUAGGACAACUGGAGGAUGUGACAUGCAUGUUGAGGAAAUGCUUUUGGAUGAAACUGCUUUUUGCAUGGUUAACAUUUAUAAUGGAAGAAGAAAUUUUGUCCAGUAUUUAUUUAGACCAACGCAAGUCUCUCGACUUAGGAUUGUCACAGUAUCCAAUUAUACUGUGUUUCUCAUUAUUGCCUGUUUCUUUAAUAUGCUUCAUUGAUUUUAUUAUUUUUUUUUACUGUUUUGUGAUAUAUAUUUAGUUAACUCUUGUUUUGUAAAGGUUGCUCCUCCCUUUAUUAUCAUGUCAAAUAAUUUCUCAUUUCAUAGUUGUUUUUUUCUUGACUUUGAAUUAGUGUUGAUGCUACUAAUUCAUUUCCACACUACCACUUCAUUCACAUGUCAACUUCUCUAUUACAUAAUUGAAAUUCGGACCUCUAUCACUUUUUAUAUUUCUGCCCUCAUUUUUUAUUUCUUGUCAUUUUAUACUUUCUGCCCUCACAGUUCUAACUCGCACCCUUCCCCAGAACCCGCCACUCUCUCCCCAGGUCCCACCAGCAUAGUUAGUUAUAUAAAUUUACUAUGCAAAAUAAUAAACUGCUUUGGUCAGCUACUAUUGAGGUGACGAAGAAGAAUUUUGGGGACAUUGUAUAAAUCUGUACAGAGAACUUUUGUUAUUGUAAAGUAUUUUUGUAAAUGUGAGUAUGAGGGCAUUGUGUAAAAUCUUGAAACUUUACUACAAAUAAAGUGAGUGCCAAGAGAA